AUGGGAGGAAUGCAGAAUAUUAAUGCCCAACUGUCACAUCUUGCCCAAGCAGUAGCUCCCCUGGAAAGCAAACAGGGGGAACUUCCUGCCCAAGUGGAGGUAAAGAAAGUAAAUGCUGUGACACUCAGGAACGGUAAGGAACUACUCGAGGUGGUUGGAAAGAAAACUGAGGAAGAACCAGACGUUAGUGAGGAAGUUGGAAUGGGGUCAGCAGAUGAGGAAAAAUUAGCUCAAGAAAGGGAAACCAAGAAGAAAGCAGCCGAAAAAGGCAAAGAAAAAUUGAGACAUGUUGAGCCCAUAAUUCCCUUCCCAGGCAGAAUGGCCAGAGAACAGGAAAAAGAAGAAUUGACCGAAUUGGUGAAAAUCUUUAAAAAGGUGGAAGUCAGUAUGCCCCUUCUGGUCGCACUACGCUCUAUGCCCAGAUGUGCCAAAUUCCUAAAAGAACUCUGCACCCGGAAGGUUAAAUACACUGAUGAUGCCAAGUUCCAGGUGCGCGAGUCAGUGUCCGCAGUUUUACAGCGAGAUAUGCCCAUAAAGUGUGGAGAUCCAAGGAUGUUCUAUAUUCCUUGUGUGAUAGGGACCAUGAAGGUGGAUAAGGAUCUGGAGAUAGGACCGCUGAAACCUACCCGAGUAGUGAUCCAACUGGCAGACAGGUCAAAUUUGUAUCCAGAAGGGAUACUGGAGGACGUUUUGGUCAAAGUGGAGGAACUGAUUUUCCCAGCAGAUUUCUACAUCCUUGAUAUGGGGAAAUCAAAAGCACGCGACCCAGUUAUGCUUUUAGGGAGGCCUUUUCUCAAAACUGCCAGGACGCGCAUCGAUUGUGAUACGAGAAAAUUGACAUGCCAGUUCGAGGGAGAGACAAUAACUUUCGAUAUAUAUAACGCCAUGAAGCAUCCCGCCGACACAGAGAUGGUAAAAAGUGUCGAUAUAAUCAGCAGGUUUGUUGAGGAGGAAUUGCCCAGAACGACACUCAGGGAACCUUUCGAUGUGAGAGCACCCAAGCUAGAAUUGAAGUCUCUACCCAAGCAUCUCAAGUAUAUUUUUCUGGGUGAAAAUGACACUUUGCCCGUAAUCAUCAAUUCGGAGUUAACACCAGAAGAUGAAAGCAAGGUUAAGAAGACUUUAGGUAAAUACAAAGAAGCUAUUGGAUGGACCCUAGCCGAUAUUAAGGGCAUAAGCCCUACAGUGUGUAUGCACCAUAUAUUGCUAGAGGAAGAUGCAACUCCAGUCCGAGACCCCCAGAGAAAGCUCAAUCCAGCCAUGAAGGAAGUUGUGAUGAAGGAGAUACUCAAACUAUUGGAUUUGGGCAUAAUAUAUCCAGUGUCCGAUAGUAGAUGGAUUUGGGUUGCAAAGGAGGAUCAGGGCAAAACCACUUUCACUUGCCCUUUCGGCACUUUUGCCUAUCGGAGGAUGCUGUUUGGGCUAUGCAACGCCCCUGGAACAUUCCAAAGGUGUAUGAUGAGCAUAUUCUCGGACCUCCUCAAAAACUGCAUCGAGGUAUUCAUGGAUGAUUUUACUGUUUAUGGGCAAACCUUCGAUUCAUGCCUCGCUAAUCUGGAGAAACUACUGCAAAGAAGAUUCGUCAAGGACUUUGCCAAAAUUGCUCAACCAAUGACAAGGCUGCUCCAGAAUGAAGUGGAGUGGAAUUUUGAUGAAGACUGCAAAUAG